AUGAAGCCACAGCGACUGUGUCUCCGACCUGCCCAGCUGUAUACUUAUACUCCUCUUCCAUCUAUACGCCAUGCGUCGACCACGUCCACUGCUCCCCAUGUCGUCGCUCCGCCCCCUCCCAAACAGGCCCCCAUGGCCAUCCUACCGACGAAGACCCUGAUUCGAUCGCUGCUCUUCACCUCCAUCAUGGCCUCUCCCCUGCUCAAACCGUGUCUGUCCGUGAUGAAGUACGUGGUCGAGUCCAACUCCCCCUUGCUCAAGCCCUCGCGCAACCCCAUCCUCAACUACAUCCUGCGCACGACCAUCUACAACCAUUUCUGCGCGGGCGUCAACGAGACCGAGGUCCGCCGCACCGUGCAGGACAUGAAGAGCCUGGGAUUCAAGGGCGUUAUUCUAGGCUAUGCCCGCGAGUCCAUCGCCCGCCUUGACGACAGCACGCAUUCCAGCCCCGCGCAGAAGCAGGAGGCGGUGGCUGCCCGCGCCGUGGAGGAAUGGAAGCAGGGCAAUCUGCAGACGCUCAAGAUGAUCGGAACAGGCGACUACCUUAACGUGAAGUAUGCCUUCUUCCCCUACACUCUAUCUACAACAGCUAAGUCCUCCAGAUUCACCGGCGCAGGCCCCAUGGCCGUCGACGCCCUCACCCGCGGCGAUCCCACCCCUCCUGCGGCCAUCCACGACGCCAUCAACGAGAUAUGCCAGGCGGCCGUCGCACAAAACUCCCGUCUGUGGAUCGACGCCGAGCAGCAAGUCUUCCAGGCGACCAUCGACGCCUGGACGAUCGACCUAAUGCGCCGCUUCAACCGACACGGCCAGCUCGUCGUCUACAACACCAUCCAAGCGUAUCUCAAAGCAUCGACCGAAAACGUUCAGCGGCACCUGACCCUCGCCGCAACCGAGGGCUGGGCGCUGGGGAUCAAGCUCGUGCGCGGCGCAUACAUCGCGCACGACGUGCGGGCGCGCAUCCACGCCUGCAAGGCCGACACGGACGCCAACUACGACCACAUCGUGCGCAGCCUGCUGACGCGGACGUUCCCGCUGCCGACCACGACGGCGCUGCCGUUCCCCGCGGUGCGGCUGUUUGUGGCAUCGCAUAAUGCGGAGAGCGUGCGCCGGGCGUAUGCGCUGUCGCGGGAGCGGCUGCAGCACGGGCUGCCGACGGUGCCCGUCGAGCUGGGGCAGUUGCAGGGGAUGGCGGAUGAGAAUGCCCUCGUUCUCGCAGGCCUCCAGAAUGUCCAGCACAUACUCCUGGCAGUCCCAUUCGAGCGUCUCGUUGUCGACGAUGGCCUGGGCAACCAGUGCCUUGACGGUGGGAAUGUCGGGCUCUCCGAUCUCACAGACAAACAGCGACUCGAUGAAGCCGUCUGCGUGGCAGGGCCUGCCAUGCGACGUGGCCUUCUGGAAGGCGGGAUGUUCGCCGUCUACCUCAAAGACGAGGUCUUCGGCUGGGGUGUGGAGAUGCAGGGCCCAGUGCUGGAAGUUUCCAUAGCGCGGACGAUAGAAGGCUACGGCGAGAUGGGGAUGCAUUUGGUUUUAGAGAAGAUGGUGGUUGAUGGCUGUAGAUGA